AUGGCGGAUAUUGCAAACAGUCCUUUUUGGCCCAUCAAGUCUCCCGUGCGCAAAUCGAUGGACGCUCGCAGCUCUGUUUUUAACCGCCUGUCACUGCGCAAGUCGACUCCCUUGGAAUCUCUGCCAAGACAGCUCCGUAAGAAUUGGAAGAUUAGUGAUUUCGAGCUCGGUCGUAAACUGGGGAAGGGUAAGUUUGGAAAGGUUUAUUGUGUGCGGGAGAUCGAGACAGGGUUUGUAUGCGCAUUGAAGGUCAUGGAUAAGCGCGAGUUGCUAAACUAUAAGGUUGAAAAGCAAUUUGUCAGAGAAAUCGAGAUACAGGCAAACGUGCGCCACGUGAACUGUUUACGCCUCUACGGCUGGUUUCACGAUCACAAAAACGUGUACCUGAUUCUGGAAUACGCGGCUGAGGGAGAACUUUACAAAGUGCUCAAGUCCAAGCGGCGGUUUGAUGACGUCACCGCGUCCUACUACAUCUUUCAAGUAGCCAGUGCACUCAGCUACCUACACAAAAAGCAUAUCGUUCACAGGGACCUUAAACCGGAGAAUAUCCUGCUUCACUUCAACAACCAGAUUAAGCUUUCCGACUUUGGGUGGAGCGUGUACGCCCCUGCCCACUCGAAAAGAACUACUAUGUGCGGCACCCUGGAUUACCUGCCGCCAGAAAUGGUGGAAGCCAAAACUCACGACGAAAAAGUGGACGUGUGGGCAUUAGGAAUCCUGCUCUAUGAGUUCCUGGUUGGUAGGCCUCCCUUUGAAGAGCAGAACUCAAGCACCACAUAUAAACGCAUCGCCAAAGUUGACCUUCGCAUUCCCUCUUUUGUCUCACCAGAUGCCGCCGACCUUAUCCGCAAGCUACUUAAGUACGAGCCAGAGAAGCGCUUCAGACUCUCUGAAGUUGGAAAACACCCUUGGAUACUCAAAAAUCGGCUCCAUUGGCCAUCCACCUUCAUGAGUCUUGAAAAUACCUAA